AGAGACACAGAGAGGGAAGGAGGGAGAGACAGAGAGGGAAGGAGGGAGAGAGACACAGGGCAGGAGGGAGAGAGAUAGAUUUGGAGACCAAAGAGGUGGCUGAAAGUGAGGUAGUGUGAGCGUCUGUUUUGAUUGGAGACAUGGAGAUGGAGCCUCUAGGUGUGUGUGUUUCUAAACCAGAACAAGGAAACAGCCGUGUCCUAAAGGCUGCGCUGGCCGCAUGUGUGUGUUUCUGCAUCGCUCUGCUGCUUGCUGUCAUACUGGUUUCCCAGAGAGCCAAUCAGGAUGUCUUCUGCUUAACUCCAGAAUGUAUUGAAGCAGCUGGUUCUAUCCUCAGUAAGAUGGACCGGGCUGUGUCUCCCUGUGACGACUUCUAUGGGUUCUCCUGUGGUAGCUGGCUGAGAGACAACCCUAUUCCUGAAGAUUCCUCUUCUUACGGCGUCUACCCCUGGUUACGCCAACAUGUUGAUAUCAUACUCAAGGAUUUGCUGGAGGCUCCAUCAGACUCAGAUGAGAUAGAAGCUGUCAGGAAGGCCAAGGUCUUCUACCGCUCCUGUAUGGACGAAGCUAUAUUGGAGAAAGUGGACAGUGGUCCUCUGUUGAAGCUUUUACAGCAGCCUGAGUUCCACUGGCCCGUCCUGGGGGAGGGGCUUGGGGGGGAGUGGCUCUGGUCACCAGGACGAUGGGACCUGCUGCAGACAUUGGCUCAGAUUAGGAACCAACACAGCAAGAGUGUUCUGAUUCGAUUAUACAUCGCCCCAGAUGACAAGAACUCCACCAACUACAUAAUUAAGUUGGAUCAGGCAUCUCUGUCUCUCUCCUCCAGAGAAGAUUACAUCACCAACACCACCAGCGCUCAGGCAUAUCGUAGUGCUCUCCUGAACCUCAUGGUGGACAUAGCAGUGAUGUUAGGAGCUCCACUGGAAGCAGCUGAGAUUCAGAUGAGUGAAGCACUGGCCUUUGAGACCAAACUGGCUCAGAUUGUGAUUCCAUUUGAGAACCGGACCAGUGAGUACAUGUACAAUAGAUACACCAUCUCCCGUCUACGCCGGUCCAUACCACAGUUUGACUGGUUGUCCUUUGUGAAGUCAGUAGUAGAGUCAAAGGGAGAAGGUGUUUCUGUCUACUCCUCUGAGCCAGUGAUAGUCCGUGUCCCCACCUACUUCAAACAGCUGUUUAAACUCCUCAACACCACUGAGCCCAGGACGGUUAGUAACUAUGUCAUGUGGAGGACAGUGUUCUCCAGGAUCACAACUCUCAGCCGACGCUUCUUAUACAGAUAUCUGGACUUCACACGGGUAACCACAGGAACGACCUCGCUGACCCCUCGUUGGGAUAAGUGUGUUAACUACGUAGAGAACACUCUGGUCUACGCCACCGGACGACUCUUCAUCAACACACACUUCCAGGAGGACAAGAAACACAUGAUGGAGGAGCUGAUUGAAGGAGUUCGCUGGGCGUUCAUCAACAUGCUGGAGAGAGACAACGACUGGAUGGAUGGACCGACCAAGAAGAAAGCUAUAGAAAAGGCUCAGACAGUCCUGGCCAAGGUUGGCUAUCCUGAGUUCAUACUGAAUGACACCUACAUCAACCAAGACAUAAAACAGCUUGUAUUCUCUGAGGACAACUACUUCGGUAAUGUGAUGCAGACUCUGCGUUUCAUUGCCCAAUCGGAUCUCAACUGGCUGCGGAGGACUGUCCCUCGCACUGAGUGGUUCACCAAUCCCACGACAGUCAACGCCUUCUACAGCUCCUCCACCAAUCAAAUCAGGUUCCCGGCUGGAGAGCUCCAGAAGCCUUUCUUCUGGGGGCGGGACUAUCCUCGGUCUCUUAGCUAUGGAGCCAUAGGAGUGAUUGUAGGACAUGAACUAACACACGGCUUUGACAACAAUGGGAGGAAGUAUGAUAAGGAUGGUAACAUGGACCAGUGGUGGAGCAACGCAUCAAUCACAGCCUUCACUGACAAGACCCAGUGUAUGAUCGACCAAUACAACAGCUAUCGCUGGGAGGAGGCGGGACUAAAUGUGAGGGGGAAGAGGACCCUAGCAGAGAACAUUGCAGACAACGGCGGAAUCAGAGAAGCUUUCAAAGCCUAUAGGAGGUGGAUAGAAGAGAGUAGAGGAGGAAUUGAGGAGCCAUUACUUCCAGGAGUUGGACUCAACAACAACCAACUGUUCUUUCUCAGCUACGCACACGUGCGCUGUAACUCCUACAGACCUGAAGCGGCAAGGGACCAGAUUCAGAGUGGAGCCCACAGCCCCCCAAAGUACAGGGUUGUCGGGGCAAUGAGUAACUUUGAGGAGUUCCGACAGGCGUUCGGCUGUCCUGAUUCAUCGGUUAUGAACCGAGGGGCGGAGUCCUGCCGUAUUUGGUAAAGUGUUCUACUGCUGAAUCCCACUGACAUUUUCAUUUCUCUCCCUCUUCCCCUCCUCUCCCUCUUGUGUGUGUGUGUAAUGCAGUAACUUGAUUUAUUCUAUAUUACUGUAACUUGAUUUAUUCUAUAUUACUGUAACUUGAUUUAUUCUAUAUUACUGUAACUUGAUUUAUUCUAUAUUACUGUAACUUGAUUUAUUCUAUAUUACUGUAACUUGAUUUAUUCUAUAUUACUGUAACUUGAUUUAUUCUAUUACUGUAACUUGAUUUGUUCAAUAUUACUGUAACUUGUUUUAUUCUAUAUUACUGUAACUUGAUUUAUUCUAUAUUACUGUAACUUGAUUUAUUCUAUAUUACUGUAACUUGAUUUAUUCUAUUACUGUAACUUGAUUUGUUCAAUAUUACUGUAACUUGUUUUAUUCUAUAUUACUGUAACUUCAUGUAUUCCCUAUUACUGUAACUUGAUGUAUUCUAUAUUACUUUAUUAAAACAGUGUUGUAUCUGUC